ACCAAGUUAGCACCGUUUUAACUAGUGGGUAACUAUGGUUACCACUAUGGUAAAUCUUUGAAAAGGCAAUAAUAAGCGCAAUGAGCGCGGGGCUCCGGGGAGGGUGGCUCGCGAGUUUAUCAUAGAACAGUUACCCAAACGAUUUUCCUGUCAGAAACAUCCUCGUCGCUCACAUUUACUCGCCGUCUCAACAUUCACUCACUCAAACGGUGCUUUUGAUUCUUUUAUGAAGGCUGACUGUGUGGUUAUGUGUGUUUCGUGCUUUAACAGCUCGGUGUUCCAGCACCGCGCCCGGAUGGAAAUGUGUCUUCCGGGGAAAAGCUGCUUUCAGCCAACGAGACACCGAGCACAACACGCCGCACAGCCUGGACAUCUGCAACUUUCUACAGAAGCUUGUGCCUUUCUAAGAAUGCAUGCGGUUUGAGACGCACAUCUAUGGCCAGACAUAUGCGUCCCAGAGGGGAGAAGAGCCGUGGAAAAUCUGAUAGAGGCCCGUAAGAGCUUAAACCUCUAAUUUUGCUAUUUCAUUCUGAUAUUAGUGCCGUCAUUCAUGGAUGUGCACGUAGAGGCGGAUCCGUUGCACGUGCAGACGGUGGAUGAGCCACCGGGAGGCGCCACCGUGACCGUGACCGCCGCACAGUUUCAGGUCCAAACGGUGCUGAGCAGCGACGGGGAGCUCAACGAUGAUGACUUGCAGACGGGCGCUGGAGCUCAAACACCGGCAGCGGCUGAUCCGAUCACAGAAAUCGAGAACGAGGAAGGUGCGUGUGCAGGGACGGACGCACCGGGCGAGGACAGCGCCGGGCAGAGCGCGGGGAAAACGGAAACGUUGGGCUCCAGUUGCAGCAAUGAAAGCUGCAUCCCGACCCCAGGCUGUCGGAUCUGCUUUCAAGGAGCCGAGCAGGGGGAGCUGCUGAGCCCGUGCCGCUGUGCUGGUUCUGUUCGACAUGCCCAUCAGCAGUGUCUGCUCAAGUGGAUCAGUGAGAAGGGCUCCUGGAGCUGUGAACUCUGCAACUAUCGAUUCAACAUCCUGCCUAUACAUAUCAAACCACCACAACAGUGGCAGACUGUCACCAUGACUCUGGUGGAGAAGGUUCAGGUCAUUGCAGUGUUUCUGGGUGGCAUCUUCCUAUUGGCCAGUGUUUCGUGGCUGCUGUGGUCAGCUCUGAGUCCAGAGGCACUAUGGCAACGCAGUGACAUCCUGUUCCAGAUCUGCUAUGGCAUGUAUGCAGUCAUGGACCUUGUGUGUAUUGGUCUGAUUGUUCAUGAAGGUGGUGCUGUGUACAAUGUGCUCAUGCGCUGGCGGGCCGUUAAUCUCUUCUGGGAUGUCCAGAACUACGAUAAAAGCCGAGACCUGGAGACCACACACAGCCCUCACCGCAACCUGUGGCUGCCUCUCACACACACACACACAGUCUCCAACUCACACUCACAAACCACCCGACUGGAGUCAUCACCUCGAUGCCCCCUCCGCCUCUUCUCCAUGUGCCUGAAUGUGACCUCUGACCUCUCCCCCCAAGAGCAAGGCUCAGGAGAGCUCGUCGUUAGGGUCACAUCAGUUUGACAUCAAAUUAACUCAUUCAGGGACCAAUCCACUCUCCCUGCACCAUCCUGUUGUGGGAGGGGCCUCAGUGUUGGGAGGAGCCUUACUUGAAAAGCACUUUAGAAGAUACGCAAACUGAUUUAAAUUAUAUAUUGAAUUGUUACUUCGAGCUUGGAGUUCUGGAUCAGCCUUUGAGCAUCGAAGUAAGACUGCAAAGCACACACACAGACUUUAACAAAAUUAUAAUGCACACGAAAUGUAUUACUGCUGUUAGACAAAUGAAUGUUUGUUUAAAACUUUUUUGUUCCGGUUUUUAAUUUCCAUACUGAUAAACUACAACUACGCUUCACCCGCCAUAAUGAACAGGAACCUUUUACCAGUUACAGGCGCUUACGCAUUUCCACUAUCUCCGACAUAUGCGUACAAUUUUCAAGUAUCGUCCCCUAGUGGCAGUUGCAUGGAACUUUAAAAAUGGUUGUGAAGCAGCCGUUUCUCCCCUUAUUCACCAUGGUAAAAUAAAUUAAUUAUAAAUGUAUGAAAAUAUCCACACAAAACAAAUGAGCGCCGGUACAUUUAGAAGAAAUGCAUAGUAGGUUUUAUAGGGCUAAUCAAUGCAAUUAAUUAUGUAAUAAUUAUUUCAGAUAUAAUUAUUCAUAACCACCUAUUUUACAAAAAGACUGUUUAAAGAACAUUUUAGUGCAAAAAUAUUGGUAAUUCUCAGCUCGUGCAUAUAGUUUUGAUUAGUAUACCUCAUAUCCAGUCAGGCGGUCAUAUAUGGUCCAGCUGCAAAUGUUCAAAUGCUACAUCAAACAAAGCUGCGAAAACAUUGAUUUCACAAGGAAGUAGUGGAGAAACACAAGGGAUAGCAAAAGUUUAACAAACAUUCAAAAAGAAAAAAGAGAAAGAAAUAGAAGAGAAAUAGAUUUUUUUUAAGUAGCAUUGGUAAAAUAGUCACUAUUUUUUUUUUUUUUUUUUUAGAAAUGUUAGUAGUGUUUGCUAGUGUAAAACUUGCCACCACAAUAUUAGACUGUUGUGGAUGGUUGGGUUGGUCAGUCGCAUAUGUCUAGUUCAAACAUCAGAACAAAUCAGAUACAAAAAAUUCUGCAUGUGCAUAAAUUUGUAACACCACACAGCUCCCAUACUUCUCCCCAAUGGAAAUUAAUGACUUAUGUUCUGUCGUUUGUCAGAGAUAAUGAAAAGGCAGCUUUAGAGUUAAAGGGUUAGUUUACCCAAAAUGAAAAUGACCCCAUGAUUUACUCAUGCUCAAGCAAUCCUAGGUGUAUAUGACUUUCUUCUUUCAGACGAAUACAAUCAGAGUU